GUCUGCCGAGCUGGUGGUUGAUAUUCUUCUGGUCUUGGAGCGUACGUGCACCAUUUCUCAGCUGUUGUUAUCUUAGCACAGCUUACGUAUAUUCCUUGACAUAUCAUGGCGGCUACCGCUGGUGUUAACGGAAGACUUCUGAAAGAAGUGGCGGUGGUCCAGAAGGAUGACGCUUCCGGGGUCACGGCUACUCUUGUGACGGAGGGUCAGCUGCGACACUUGAAAGGGAGCAUUCAAGGUCCUUCGGGAUCUCCAUACGAGGGUGGUGUCUUUGAAAUCGAUAUUCAUAUACCGAUUGAGUAUCCGUUCGAACCGCCGAAAAUGAAAUUUCUCACGAAAGUCUGGCACCCGAAUAUUUCGUCGCAAACGGGUGCGAUUUGUCUGGAUAUUCUGAAAGACCAAUGGAGUCCAGCUUUGACCAUCAAGACAGCUUUGUUGUCGCUGUUGGCGUUGAUGUGUUCCCCCGAACCGGGAGAUCCACAGGAUGCGGAAGUGGCAAAAAUGUAUAUGGGGAACCGUGAGGAGUUCGAUCGGACGGCAAAAUUCUGGACGGAAUCGUACGCGAAGCCGUCGAGCAAGGAAGAUGCCAUUAGUAGGGUCUGUGAAAUGGGUUUUGACCGUGAAAGCGCUCGUAAUGCCUUGGAAAAGCAUUCAUGGAACGAGAGCGCGGCUGUGAAUGCGCUGCUUGGCGGAGCAUAGUAGUCCGUAAUCUUAGUUUCGACGAUCACAAGAAUGAUUCUAACAGUAAUACAGAUUGGCAGCCGAGCGAAACUCUGAUUCCAUUCACCUUUCACCGCACAAUUUAGAUUUCUGUUUAUCGACGGUGAUCCAAGAUGCCUCUUGCAGAAAGAUUUCACGCGAAAUUUGCCGAAAACUGUCAAAUUCUUGCCAGUUUUUCAAACAUUGGGACUCAUUGUUUCGAUCCCAAACUUUGGACAAAGCAGAUUCUAGAAGUAGAACAUCUUCUUCCACAUGUUGUGACAGAAACGACCAUUCCAAAAGGUGCCAGCCUUUGCUUUUUGCCUGCUUGCUGUUGUCGUAUCGAGCUAGGCAAAAUGGACAUUUCAGUUGCUUCAAUACCCAUCGUUUUUCGCAGGACUCGCAGAGGGCGUGGCCGCAUCCUAGAAUGGUAUUUGAUAUGCUGCUAAAGCAUAUCACACAAUCGUCGUGGGGACCUUGGGUGAGUUUUGCCAAUCCAAUACCUGACAAGGUCUCUUCAGUUCCAAUGAGCUCGCCCAGUCGGCGCAGCAAAGAAAAAAUCUU